AUGACUUUCUAUCAAUUAAAAAAUUCUUUAUCUGUUCAGAUAUUCUAAAAAUUGAUAUAUUUAUAUAAUUGCCAAUAUUAUCUAAGUAUUUUAAAUUUAUAUGUCUCUAAAAAGAAUUAAGAAAGUAUCACAGGAUCUCCCAAAGAGUUACCAACAAAUUGUUUUGUAAAUCUUUUUGAUAAUUUAGAUUUUUAUAAAUGGAAGGCAAAAAUUUUAAGUUGUGAAGGUUCUUUUUAUUAAGGUUGCUGUUUAAUAUUAAAAAGAUAUUUUCAUGGUUUAUCCUUUAAGACCACUAAAAUUUGCUACAUACCUCCUAUAUAUCAUCUAAAAAUUAAUUCACAAGAAUAGUUAAGUUUAGAUUUAUUAUAAAAUUAGUGGUCUCCAUCUCAGAAAAUAAGUAAAAGUAAUUUAAAAAAUUAAAAUAUAUAGUCCUUUCGGUUAUUUAUGAUGUUUUGGAAAAUCCAGAUGAUCCAUUAGAUCCAGAAAUUGCAAAAAUUUAUUAAUUCAAUAAAUAACUCUUUAUACAUGACGUAUAAGAAUGGAUACGAAAGCAUGCAAUUUGA